AUGAACCUCCGUGCUCUUCUUUUUGGUGUCGUCGCCUCGCUGGCUACUGUUACAGCCGAUGUCGUCAUGAUCGACCAUGACGCAGUCCAGCCGUUCGCCCAGCCUGAACCAACAAUGGAGUCGCAGAAGUCUGCUGUCAAGUACAAACCUCAGCUCCAUAUCUCGUACGGCUGCCACCCGUACCCUGCGGUACAAGAAGAUGGCUCAAUCAGCGCUGGUUUGAAGUGGGCCGGGUGGCCCAACGGAGACUGCAAGGGUUCUGCUUUAGGCUCACAAGUUUACUCGCGCUCCGACUGGUACAAGGGUAAGUGGGCCAUCAUGUACGCCUGGUACUUUCCCAAGAGCCGACAAUACGUCGACAAAUAUCGAUUUGGCCAUCGUCAUUACUGGUCGUACGCUAUCGUCUGGACAAACAAUCCGAACCCAGACAACUCGACCAUCCUCGGCGUGUCCAUGUCUUCCGGGGUAGGUUACAUGAAGCGCUCGCCUCCGAAGUCGAAGUAUGUUGUUGAUGGCACUACAGUGAAAUUGGACUGGUACUGGAGUUUCUGGGGCAGCAAGCAGGGACUUCAACUUACAGAAAAAUCCGGCGAAACGCAGGAUCUUAUUACGUGGGAGCAGCUGUCGGAGGAGGCACGAAAUGCUUUGAGUGAGGCCGAUUUCGACGUCAGCUGGGCUUUCACGAAGGCUGUCAUGCCAUUGAAGGAUGACAUAUUUACGAGUAGACUGAAGAAGGCGUAUCCGUUUUAA